GCUCAUUCGUACUUCGUAGUCCCACACUCCCACAGAAGCCAAUAUUCUCUCUCUUCGCACACUAAGCUAAAACCCACAAAAAGCACCAAACUUUAACAUCUUCAUCCUCCAAUUUACCACCAUUUCCAUUAACACUCUUCCCUGCUUCUUGAAAUUUUUAAUUUUGGGGCAGAAGAAUGGAGAAUUUAGCCCUAAUUUCUUCAAAACCAGUAAUGGGUUUAAGCUAUUCCCCAAUUUAUAAAACCCUUUCUACCAAACAAUGCUUUGGUCUCCCUCUUCUCCCCAAAAAACCAUCUGGGUCUGUUUAUGUUACAAAACCCAGAUCAAAAACUAUACUUUUUGCCUUUUCCACCCCUAAUUCUAGAAGAAAAUCUGGUAAUAGUAGCAAUAAUGAUAAGAAAAAUAAUGGAGUUGAGUUAUUUGCAAGCACUUCUUCAGCAACUAAUAAGGGUAGUGCUCAAGAAACAAUUUCUGUUGGGGUUAAUCCACAGCCUUAUCCACCUCCUCCUUCUCAAUUUGGGUCACCUUUGUUUUGGAUUGGAGUUGGUGUUGGCUUUUCUGCACUUUUCUCCUUUGUUGCUUCAAGGUUGCAGAAAUUUGCGAUGCAACAAGCUUUUAAGACUGUGAUGAAUCAGAUGGGCCCUCAAAGUAAUCAAUCUAGCAAUGCAGCCUUUUCUUUUGGCUCCCCUUUUGCAUACCCUCCUCCAGCUACACCAGGUCCCAGUACUUCGGGUUUUCCUUACCAAUCACUAUCUACAUCAGGGCUGAAUAAAUCUUCUGCGUCAGCUGCUUCUGCUGCACCAAGCCAGGCUAGCUCACCAUAUUCUGUUGCCUCUGAAGCUACGGUGACAGUAGAUGUUUCUGCUACUGAAACAGAAUCCUCAGGCCCCACAGUUGUGAAAGACGAAAAUGAGAAAAAGACUGAAGCAAAAAGAUCUGCAUUUAUGGAUGUCACCCCUGAAGAAACUUUUCAAAAUACUGCUUUUGAGGAAUAUAAGGACUCAUCUUCACCAACAUCAUCCGAGAAUGCUAAAUUUGCUGAGGUAGUACAAAACGGAGCUGCUUCAAAGGAAAGCACUUCAGAGCAGGCGCAAUCUACUCGAAAAGACGGUUCUUUGUUAUCUGUGGACACGCUGGAGAAAAUGAUGGAAGAUCCAACAGUGCAGAAGAUGGUUUUUCCACAUCUACCUGAGGAGAUGAGGGAUCCUACUACCUUUAAAUGGAUGCUACAAAAUCCUGUUUACCGUCAGCAACUGCAGGAUAUGUUGGACAACAUGGGGGGAAGUCCAGAAUGGGACAACAGUAUGGUGGAAAAUCUAAAAAAUUUCGAUUUGAAUAGCCUGAAGUAA